CAGAAUCGCUUCGGGUCCGGUCGCAAAGAUGGCGUCCUCCGCCUCCGCUCGGCCUGAGGCGGGGAAGCGAGUGGUUAAUCAGGACGAACUGCGGCGGUUGAUGAAGGAGAAGCAGCGUCUGAGCACCAACCGCAAACGGAUAGAAUCUCCAUUCGCGAAGUACAACCGCUUGGGUCAGCUGAGUUGUGCCCUGUGUAACACCGCGGUUAAGAGCGAGCUCCUGUGGCAGACUCACGUCCUGGGAAAGCAGCACCGAGAGAAAGUGGCCGAGCUGAAAGGCGUGAAGGAAGCCGCCCAGGGACCGUCCGCCAGCGCAGUUCCUCAGUCCGCCAGCGCAGUGCCUCAGUCCACCAAGAGGAAGGCGCCGGACGCAGAGAGCCAAGAUGCCAAAAGAGCGAAGGCCUCCCUGGUGUCUCAAGUACAGCCCUCCACUUCCGCUUUGCCCACCAACGUUGACAAAGCCGGAAAGGAGUCCACUAGGGCGACCCUCAGUAAGGCUUCGGGACUCGGUUUACUCCCUGAUUAUGAAGAUGAGGAAGAGGAGGAGGAGAAAGAGGAGGGAGGAGGAGAAGGGAAAAGAGGGGAUGUCUGUAAGCAUCCGGCCAACGCGCAGGGCAAGGAACACUCACUUUCCUCCGCGCGGGAGGCAACCGGUAGUAGGCUGCCAAACGAUUUCUCGGACACAAAUCCUCCCAAGGCCCCUUUAAUUCCUCAUUCAGGGUCAAUUGAGAAAGCAGAAAUACAUGAAAAAGUGGUGGAAAGGAGAGAAAACACCGCGGAAGCAUUACCGGAAGGGUUUUUUGACGACCCUGAGAUAGAUGCGAGGGUACGAAAGGUCGAUGCCCCAAAGGAUCAGAUGGACAAAGAAUGGGACGAAUUUCAAAAAGCCAUGAGACAGGUCAACACUAUUUCCGAAGCCAUAGUUGCCGAAGAGGAUGAGGAGGGACGGUUGGACCGGCAGAUUGGGGAGAUCGAUGAGCAGAUAGAGUGUUACCGUCGGGUGGAAAAGCUGCGGAAUCGCCAGGAUGAGAUAAAAAAUAAGCUUAAAGAGGUUCUGACCAUAAAAGAACUGCAGAAAAAGGAAGAGGAGAAUGUUGACAGCGAUGAUGAGGUAGAACUACAGGAUUUGUUGUCUCAGGAUUGGAGGGUGAAAGGGACUUUGUUAUAGAGUUUCAAAGACCCAAGAGUUCUACAUCCUCUACGACUGUAUAAAAAGUGCCGCCUCUCAAUACGAUAUCGUUUACUCCAUGCCUGGAGAUUUGGUAACUUGACUGGGUUGUCGAGAUACAAUGAGCCUGUGACGAUACCGCUUUGGAAAAUUGGUGUAAAAUAUUUUUGAGGUAAAGGUGUUUUUGAAGUUUUCGAAGUAUUACACUCAAAUGCCCACUUUUUCACACACUUAUAGAUCUAAAGUUUGAGUUGUAGAAGCUGUAAGCUGUAAAUAUUGUACAUAUUAAAUAUAUAUUUACUUAAGAAUUAUAUUUUGAAAUUUAUAAGUUAAUAGAAGUCAGACCAACAGACAAGCUUUUAGAUGAAAACCAAGUGUGGCAUUUAGAAUGUAUAUGGCUUUUUCUUUUCUGACUCCCUAAAUCAAACUCAAGAGGGUUGUGGCCGGGCGGGGGGUUGUUUUGUUGUUGUUUUUAAGAACACUACUCAUAAACAUAUAAGUCAUUCAGGGCUAAUCAGGUCUCUGUUUCAAAACGGUGUUCCAGGAGAAUAUGGUGAAAAAUAUAUGCCAAGUAUGACCAACCUCCUUAAUCCAAAGUUUCUCUUGAUUAAACCGGUGGUUCUUGGAUGUAGGUACACAGGAAGAUCUCAUACAAAGAUUUUUUUAAAGUGUUUGUGGAUCAUCUAGGAAGCCUUUUAAAAAAUUCAUGUGCCCGUGCCCUACCAUUGGAGAGAUUCAGUAAAUCUGGAGUGGGGCUCAGACACCUGUAGUAGUUUUGAUGGCUUCCCAGGUUAUUCUGUGGGAAUGCCCUGGUGGUCCAGUGGUUGGGACUCCGCGCUUCCAUUGCAGGUGGCACGGGUUCUACCCCUGGUCGAACUAAGAUUCCCGCAAGCCACGAGGCGCGGCCAAAAAAAGAAAGCUUCCCAGGUUAUUCUAGUAAGGCCAAAAUUGGAGCACCACUGCCCUAAAUCCAGAACCUAUUUAUAUUUUUCCAGGCUUUGUUUUUUCUUUAAAUGACACAUUCCGUAAGUUUACUGUCUAUUGCAUAAAAGAAAUGCUACCUUUUAUUUAUAUCCUAUCUAAUCUUAAAUUUUAUUGUUACAUAUUAUAAAUUAGGGGUCAGAGUUAACAGGUUCUAUCAAUUGUAGGAAGGAGGUAUAAGUUGUUUCUCCAGCAGUAACAAUUAGCCUGUGCUGAUCAUCAAUAAUUUAAAUCAAUCCUUCUCCCUUUGGAGAUAGAGGUAUUCAAAUAGGAAAAAGGAAUUAGCAGUGUUCCGGGGAUAGAAAUGCAUACAGCACAUUCAAAUAAAAGUGAGUAGUAAUAAUAAUAACUAAGACUUUCUUAUAAGCCAGGCAGAGUUCUAAGUGCUUUACAUAAGCUCAGUCUAGUUUCCCUAAAGCCCAGGUUUUAAGCCCAGGGAUAAGGUAUAAAAAAGCCUUGAGUAUUGAACAAAAGAAUUCUUCCUGUAGGCAAUGUGGGCAAAAUGGAAGUUUUUGAGCAGAGAGUCAUAUCUGCAAGAAAUAUUAUGGAAGAUUAUUUCAGUUGCAGUAUAUAGAACGGAAUGAACAUGGGUAGGGGCUAGGAAGCUGGGAGACUACUUGGAAACUAGAUUUUAAAAGCAAGGCAGCUAAGACUGUAAUUAGGUAUGUAUUGAGAGAAAAGUAAUAGUAUUGAAAGAAUUUAACAGAAAGGGCUAACACUGACUAGAAGUGAAGAAAAACAGAUAUAUAGGUGGAAUUCAGGGGUUUUGGGUUUUUCUAGUGUGGGUGCCUAAAGGAAGUUAUCUAACACUUAUGGAGCAUAUUAAUUGUCCUGAGGCCUUUGGCAGAAAGGCUUUGCUUUCCUGAGCUGUCCAGUGGAUCUGUGAUAGCAACUUCAGUUUGAUAAUGUAAAAGGCAUGUCUGCAUCAAAUGUAUGAACCCACACUUAGAGUUUUCUGUCGUUUAUCAUCUUAUUAUUUCAGGAUGUGAGAAAGUACAAGGGGGGUCUUGAAUGGUGGGCCAACUUCUAUAUGGGCCUAAGAGGCUAAGCUAAUGAUCUAGAGGAGCACUGUAUAUUAAAAAUAUAAUUCAAACCACAUACAUAUAUUAAAUUUUCUAGUAGCCACAUGAAAAAGUAAAAAGAAUGUGAAAUUAGUUUUAUUUAAUCCAAUAUAUCCAAAAUAUUCCGUUAAAUUUCAAUAUGUAAUCAAUAUCUAAGUAUUAUUAAUGAAAUAUUUUACAUUUUGGGCGUUCCUGUAGAAAUGUAUUUUGAAAUCUGGGUGUAUCUAAUAGCACAUCUCAAUUUGGACUGGCCGUAUUUCAAGUACUCACUAGCCAUAUGUGACUAACAGCUACCAUAAAGGACAGCGCUGGUUUAAAGAGAAAGGUAUCAGGACUUCUCUGGUGGUCCAGUGGUUAAGACUCCACGCUCCCGAUGCAGGGGACAUGGGUUCGAUCCCUGGUCGAGGAACUAAAAUCCCGCAUGCUGCACGACACAGCCAAAAAAAUAAAGAGAAAGGUAUCCAGGUGGAAAAAUACAACAUGCUCAGGAGGUAGUGAGCAGCCCAGUUUAACUGGAGCAGAGUGUUUAUUCCUGACAACAGUGGGAGUUAUCACUGAAAAGGCAGGUUACAAACCAUUGUGGAGGGCCUUGAAUGCCAUGCUGUAAGGGGUCGGAACUUUCACUAAGUUAAGAGUUGAGUACCUUGAGGUUGUUGAGUCCUUUACUGUAACACAGUUAAAGGAUGAGCUUAAGGAACGCCAGGCAUAUAAACCCCCAGUGGGUUUUUAGGAGGACCCAAAAGCUCUCAAAAUCUCCCAAUGCUCUGUAUCCCAGAGCAUGAGUGAUGGGUCCCUGAUCAAAAUCAAGUGAAUCCUUGUUGUAUCUGAGAUUGAUGUAGAUAAUUACACUGGUUGUUGAAUCCUUCUUGUUCCUCCAUGCCUUAGAGAGCUCCUUUGUACCUCUUAGAGCUGUGGGAAAUAGGUUUUGGCAUUAGACUGCGAGUACCACCAAUGUUUCCAAAUUGUAAGAAGUGGUCCCAGGGAUUUCUUCCUGUCACUUGUUCUCUUUUUAGAGACCACCCCCCCCCCAAUUCAGCCAACAUUUACAGGCAUACCUCAAAGAUAUUGCAGGUUCCAUUCCAGACCACCACAAUAAAGUGAAUAUCGCAAUAAAGCAAGCCACACAAAUUUUUUGGUUUCCCAGUGCAUAAAAAACUUAUGUUUACACUAUACUGUUGUCUAUUAAGUGUGUAAUAGCAUUAUGUCUUGAAAAAAGUACAUACCUUAAUUUAAAAAUUCUUGUAUAGAAAAUGCUAACCAUCAUCUGAGCCUUCAGUGAUCACAGUAGUAACGUCAAAGAUCACUGAUCAUAGAUGACCAUAACAAAUAAUAGGGGAAAAGUUUGAAAUAUUGUGAAAAUUAUAAAAAUGUGACAGAGACACGAAGUGAACAAAUGCUGUUGGAAAAAUGGCACCAAUAGACUAGCUCAAUGCAGAGUUGCCACAAACCUUCAGUUUGUAAAAACAAAUGUAGCACUAUGAAGUACAAUAAAAUGAGGUAUGCCUGUG